CUGGAGGGAGACAGCGUCGACGUCGGGCUCGGUUCGCGGCGUCCUCGUCUGGAGUCUUGCGCUCGCUGUGCGGGGCUCGGAACCUGCCCGCUGCUUCCCCGGCUGCAGGGCGAGGAAGGGGGCGACGCGGGCGGCUUGAGGACGACCGGGGCGCGCGGCGUUUCCCUCGUCAUCCCACGCAGCGCCAUGUCCUGGAUGUUUAAGAGGGAUCCGGUUUGGAAGUAUUUGCAGACUGUUCAGUAUGGAGUCCAUGGGAAUUUUGCACGCCUCUCCUAUCCAACUUUUUUCCCACGUUUUGAAUUCCAAGAUAUUAUCCCUCCAGAUGACUUCCUAACUAGUGACGAAGAGCUAGAUUCGGUUUUAUUUGGAACGUUGAGAGGUCACGUGGUCGGACUGCGCUACUACACUGGAGUGGUUAAUAAUAAUGAGAUGGUUGCGUUGCAACGAGAGCCUAAUAACGCCUAUGACAAGAAUGCGAUUAAAGUAAACAAUGUGAAUGGAAAUCAGGUUGGCUAUUUAAAGAAGGAUCUUGCUGCUGCUUUGGCCCAUAUCAUGGACAACAAAUUGGCACAAAUAGAAGGGGUCGUCCCCUUUGGUGCAAACAAUGCUUUUACCAUGCCUCUGCAAAUGACUUUUUGGGGAAAAGAAGAAAAUAGAAAAAUGGUUUUAGAUCAGUUGAAGAAACAUGGCUUCAAAUUGGGUCCUGCACCAAAAACGUUAGGAUUCAGUUUGGAAAGUGGCUGGGGCUCUGGGAGAGCUGGACCAAGCUAUAGUAUGCCAGUUCAUGCUGCUGUACAGAUGACAACUGAACAGCUUAAAACAGAAUUUGACAAGUUGUUUGAAGAUUUGAAAGAAGAUGACAAAACUCAUGAAAUGGAGCCAGCUGAGGCUGUGGAAACGCCAUUGCUUCCGCAUCAGAAGCAAGCUCUCGCUUGGAUGGUGUCACGAGAAAACAGUAAAGAACUUCCGCCGUUCUGGGAACAGCGCAAUGACUUAUACUACAACACAAUAACAAACUUUUCGGAGAAAGAUAGACCAGAAAAUGUCCAUGGAGGAAUUUUGGCGGAUGAUAUGGGUUUGGGUAAAACUCUUACGGCCAUUGCAGUGAUUCUUACCAAUUUCCAUGAUGGUAAACCCCUUCCUGUUGAAAGGAUGAAGAAGAAUCAACCUAAGAAGGAAUGCAAUAGCAGUGAAUCUGUGAAAUCUAGAAAAAAUGAUACCAGCAAAAAAGGAGAUGAAUUAAACAAAGAAGCAUGUAGGUGUGAUGAGGAGCCCAGUAUUUCGGAUGUCAAGAAGAAUGAGUGUCCCACAUCAGAACUGUCUGGCUCUUGCCCCAAGAGACGGAAAAUUUCUGUGCAGUACAUUGAAAGCAGUGAGUCAGAGGAAAUUGAGAUAAACGAAUUGCCCCAGAAAAUGAAAGGAAAACUGAAAAAUACACAAUCAGAAACUAAAAGGAUAAGAGCAGGGACUUCUAAGGUUAAAGAAGAUGCAGCAUUUGCAUGUGCACUUGAUGUAUCUACUCCUGCACCGAAGAGAAAAAUGUUGAAGAAAGGAUCAUCGGUGGUGGAGGGUUCAAAGAAAACUGAUGUUGAGGAGAGAGCAAGAACCACACUGAUCAUCUGUCCACUUUCUGUGCUGAGCAACUGGAUUGACCAGUUUGGACAACAUAUAAAAUCAGAUGCGCACUUGAAUUUCUAUGUUUAUUACGGCCCUGAUCGUAUCAGAGAUCCAGCCUUGCUUUCAAAACAGGAUAUUGUUUUGACUACAUACAAUAUCUUAACUCAUGACUAUGGAACUAAAGGUGAUAGUCCAUUGCAUAGCAUAAGGUGGCUGAGAGUGAUCUUGGACGAAGGACAUGCCAUUCGAAAUCCAAAUGCCCAGCAAACAAAAGCUGUACUUGAUUUAGAAGCAGAAAGAAAAUGGGUGUUGACAGGUACUCCGAUCCAGAAUUCUUUAAAGGACUUGUGGUCUCUUCUUUCUUUUUUAAAACUGAAACCAUUUGUGGAUAGAGAAUGGUGGCACCGAACAAUCCAGCGUCCUGUCACGAUGGGAGAUGAAGGAGGACUCAGGCGUUUACAAUCCUUAAUUAAAAAUAUUACACUUAGAAGAACAAAGACAAGCAAAAUUAAAGGAAAACCUGUUUUGGAGUUACCAGAACGUAAAGUAUUUAUUCAGCAUAUUACACUUUCAGAUGAAGAAAGAAAGAUUUAUCAAUCUGUGAAAAAUGAAGGCAAAGCUACUAUUGGAAGAUACUUUAGUGAAGGGACUGUCCUUGCGCACUAUGCAGAUGUCCUGGGUCUUCUGCUUAGAUUGCGGCAGAUUUGUUGCCAUACUCACCUUCUCACAAGCACGGCGUCUCCCAGCGGGCCUUCAGGAAAUGAUACCCCUGAAGAGCUGCGGAAGACGUUAAUAAGGAAGAUGAAGUUAAUCCUGAGCUCAGGUUCAGAUGAAGAAUGUGCCAUUUGCUUGGAUUCUUUAACCGUUCCUGUGAUAACACAUUGUGCACAUGUGUUUUGUAAACCUUGUAUUUGCCAAGUCAUUCAGAAUGAGCAGCCCCAUGCGAAAUGCCCUUUGUGCAGAAAUGAUCUACAUGGAGACAAUUUGUUAGAAUGUCCACCAGAAGAGUUGGCAUGUGACACUGAGAAAAAGUCUAACGUGGAGUGGACAUCCAGUUCAAAGAUUAACGCUCUAAUGCAUGCAUUAAUUGACUUAAGAACGAAGAAUCCCAAUAUUAAAAGUUUGGUUGUUUCUCAGUUUACAACAUUCCUGUCUUUAAUAGAAACACCACUUAAAGCCUCUGGAUUUGUGUUUACACGUUUGGAUGGUUCCAUGGCCCAAAAGAAAAGAGUUGAAUCAAUUCAGUGUUUCCAAAACACUGAAGCCGGCUCGCCGACCAUAAUGCUCCUGUCUUUAAAAGCAGGUGGAGUUGGUCUGAAUCUUUGUGCAGCAUCUCGAGUGUUUUUAAUGGACCCAGCCUGGAAUCCUGCAGCUGAAGAUCAGUGCUUUGACAGAUGUCACAGACUUGGCCAGAAGCAAGAAGUUAUCAUCACAAAAUUCAUUGUGAAGGAUUCUGUUGAAGAAAACAUGCUGAAAAUACAAAAUACAAAGAGGGAACUUGCAGCUGGAGCCUUUGGAACCAAAAAAAAUGCCAAUGAAAUGAAACAAGCAAAAAUUAACGAAAUCAGAACUUUAAUAGAUUUAUAAUGUGAGAUUU